ACCAGCCAGCGAGCCCGCACUCCUCAAAUCAAACCCAAUCGAACCAACACGAGCCCAACUACACCGAUCCGAAUCUGCAUCCCUGCCACUACAAUCCAAGGCAGGAGGGACGCAAUGAUGACCUCUUAGCGCAUCUUUGCGCACUCGACCCGCCGUCCGUUCCUUACAUCCUGCCUGUUUACUUAUUCGUCUGAUGAGAUCAUGGACACAGCACUUCUAAGGACCCAAAUUAUCUUCUCCCUGCUUUUCCUUUUCAGCCAAAUAGCGGUGGAAGCUGAACCGCUGAUCCAAGGCCUGAGAAAACUCACCGAAGAUGUCAGCUGGUCAUACUCAGGUGCCCUGAACCAGCGCAACUGGGGUAAGAAGUAUCCGUCCUGUAACAGUCCCAGACAGUCUCCUGUGGACAUUGACGAGACUUUUACCCAGGUCAGGCUGCAGUACCAGAAUCUACAGCUAGAGGGCUGGAACAGAUUGACAGCAGAGUCCACCACCAUUCACAACAACGGGAAGACUGUGGCAAUUGAUGUGGAUGGGGAGUUCUUUGUGAGUGGCGGAGGACUGAGCUCCAGGUUUCGUGUUGGCAGAAUCACCUUCCACUGGGGUCGCUGCAAUACAACAUCAGAUGGGUCUGAACACAGCCUGAAUGGGAUGAAAUAUCCUCUGGAGAUGCAGAUCUACUGUUACAAUUCAAAUGACUUCCAAAGUCUGGAUGAAGCUAUUGAAAAAGAAGGAAGGGUGGCUGCCCUAGCUGUGCUAUUUGAGAUUAGCUUGGAAGACAAUGAGGACUUCAUUCCUGUUGUGGAGUCCAUUAACACUGUCAGCAGGUUUGGUAAGAGUGGGUCAGUGGAAGCUUUCACCUUGAGGUCGUUGCUGCCAAAUAACACAGACAAAUACUACAUCUACAACGGCUCACUGACUGCUCCCCCAUGCUCUGAAAUGGUGGAAUGGAUCGUCUUUAAACACACUGUGGCCAUAUCAGAAACACAGCUUGAGGUGUUUUGUGAGGUGAUGACUAUGGAGAAGGCCGGUUAUGUGAUGCUGACGGAUUACUUGCAGAACAACUUUAGGGAGCAGCAGCAGCAGUUUACGGGUCAGGUGUUUGCCUCUUACACUGGAGUCGAGGAUGUGCUCACACCCACCUGCAGCUCUGAGCCACAGAACGUUCAGGCUGACGCCCAGAACGACACCACCAUCGUGGUGACCUGGGAGCGUCCCCGUGCAGUGUACGACACGACUAUUGACUGGUACACUGUCACAUACCAGAUGCUGCAGGGACGAGACCAGCGCAAGCAGGAGUACAGGACCGAUGGAGACCAGGAUGUGGGUGCCAUCAUCUCCAACCUGCUAGGCAACAGCAGCUAUGUGGUCCAGGUGGUGGCUGUUUGUACCAAUGGACUCAGAGGACGAUGGAGCGAUCAGAUAAUAGUGGACAUGCCAUUGGAAGACCCAGAAAAUGAUUCUGACCCUGAAGCUGUCACAAAGGAUUUGGAAGGCAACAGGGAGCUCUCCAUAGUCAAAUGGGAGAAGUCAGAGAAGCAGAAUCAGGUGGAUUUGGCUUCAGAGGACAACAGCCCAGUAGAGGAGAUCCCAGUGGAGCAGACCAAAGUUUACCAGAACCACCCUACGAACCACGAGAACCAGCCCACAGACCAAACCCAAGCAAACCAGAACAUCCCAGUCCAGGUCAGCACCAGUUCAACCCCGGAGACACCCACCGACCCCACAGUUUCUCAGAAUGUGAGAAAGAAACCGGGUAAAAAGUCUGUGGAUGUGGAUCAGAACUGGAUUGAUGGUGACCAGAUGGUGCAGACACACCGGCCCUUCACCAAUGCUGGUUUUGACGGCAAUAGCGCAAUAUGGGUAACUGAGAUAACCGAACAGCCAGGUUUCCUAUUUCCAGUUAUCCGGACAACCUCUCUGCCAGCAGUUCGCCGGCAAAUCACAGAAGAGGCAUCACUGUCAGUGCUGCCGCAUCAGACAAGAGAUCAAAGCCCACCACUCCAAGCCAGUGGAAAUAGCUUCCCUUCUCACCCAUCAGAGCUCUACACCACUCCUGUGGAGGAUAUCCAAGUCACAGAUAUCUUCUAUGAAGACACAGUCAACAACACUCCACAGGAAGCCACCACCUCCCCUCCAACAGUGUCUGCCUCUGCGGUGCCAGGUGAAAAAGUGGACAAAGGCUUCCCGCCGCCCACUGAAGAUGAUGACGCCCCUGUGAAUGAACCCCUGCCGAAAACAUCACCCCCGUCUUCAUUCUGGAUCACCGAAAAGGUGGCAACGCCCAGCAACACACUUGGCGAUUCAGUUUAUAAGUCCUUCACCACCUCCUCUCUCCUUGGAGCGCUGAUGCAUACGACUCAGCCCAUGUUCAGUGAGGGCAGCAACAGCAGCCAUGAGUCUCGGGUCGGGCUUGUUGAGGGUGUGGACAGGGAGAAGAGGACAGUCAUUCCUCUGGCUAUUGUCUCCACUCUCACCAUCCUGUGUUUGCUGGUACUGGUGGGAAUACUCAUCUACUGGAGAAACUGUUUCCAGGCAGCCAAUUUCUACCCAGAUGACACAUCACCUAAAGUUGUAUCUGCUCCGUCUACACCCCUGCUGUUGGCUACAGAUGGCCACGAGCCACUGACAGUGAAGCAGUUUGUGAAGCAUGUCAUGGAGCUCCACGCCACCAACACUUUCUCCAAGGAGUUUGAGAUUGUCAAAGAGUCCUACGAGGAGGUGCAGGCAUGCACAGUGGACAUGGGCAUCACUGCAGACAGCUCCAAUCACCCUGACAAUAAAAACAAGAACAGAUACAUAAACAUACUGGCCUAUGACCACAGCAGAGUGAAGCUCUCCAACAGUUUGGACAGAGAUGGGAAAUGCGGGGACUACAUCAAUGCUAACUUUGUAGAUGGUUAUGAGCGGACGAGGGCAUACAUCGCAGCUCAGGGGCCUCUCAGAUCAGGCAGGGAAGACUUUUGGAGGAUGAUCUGGCAGCAGAAUAUCGGAGUUAUUGUCAUGAUCACCAAUCUGAAGGAGAAAGGACGGACAAAAUGUGACCAGUACUGGCCAGAGGAGAACCAGGAAGAUUAUGGGCCUUACCAAGUUACCCUGAAAAACACCAAGACACUUGCUUACUACACACUGCGAACUUUCACAGUCAGAGAUACCGCAAAUAAGGCAUCUCAAAGGAGAGUUGAACACACAGUCCUUCAUUACCACUACACCCAGUGGCCGGACAUGGGUGUCCCAGAAUAUACGCUGCCUGUCCUGUCCUUCAUCAGAGCAUCCUCCAGGGCCCGCACACAGGAGAUGGGACCUGUGUUGGUACACUGCAGUGCUGGUGUAGGAAGGACAGGAACCUACAUUGUGAUAGACAGCAUGCUGCAGCAGAUCCAGGAUCAAGGGACAGUGAAUGUUCUUGGCUUUCUAAAGCAUGUCCGCACACAGAGGAAUUUCCUGGUUCAGACAGAGGAGCAGUAUGUGUUCAUCCAUGAUGCUCUAGUUGAAGCUGUCUUGAGCCGGGACACCUUGGUGACCUCUGACCUCCUCCACAGUUACGUGUCUGACCUCCUGACCCCUGGUGCAACAGGCAGGACACGUAUGGACAAACAAUUCAAGUUAAUUAGUCAGCGUCAGGCAAAGCACGCAGACUACAGCACCGCCCUGAAAGAUGGCAAUGCUGAGAGGAACAGAGCCAGAGCUCUGAUGCCUGUGGAGAGAUCAAGAGUCUCUCUGACUGCUUCAGAAUCAAACUCCACAGGCUACAUCAAUGCAUCCUACGUGAUGGGACAUCACCACACUAAGGAGUUCAUAGUGAGCCAGACUCCUCUGAGCAGCACGGUGGCAGAUUUCUGGAGAAUGAUCUGGGAACACAAUUCACAGAUUGUUGUCCGUCUGCCUGACUCACACAAUCAGAGAGAAGAAGAGUGUGGUGUGUACUGGCCCAGUAAAGACCAGCCACUGAGCAUUGAUGGUUUCACUGUGUCGUACUCCAGGGAGGAGCACAUAUGUCUGUCCAAUGAUGAGAGACUUUUGGUGCAGGACUUUACAGUCCAGUCUCCACAGAACAAUUACGUGUUGGAAGUGCGCCAGUACAGCGCCACCUGCUGGCCCAACCCAGACAGUCCGAUCAGAAACAGCUUUGAUCUUGUUAACACACAUGCACAACAGAGAAAAUACAUCACACGCGCACACGUUUCAAAUUAUGAGAAGAUAAUCCAAACACACUGUGUGAGAUUCACAGCUAUGUCUGCUGCUCAUGCUGCUUUCAUGUAUAGUCAAUGAUCAUUAUUUAUAAGAUCAAAAUAAGUAAAGCACUCUAAUAAAACCUCACGUAAUCUAAAAUACUCUCUUCACGCUCAGUUGUUAUGAAGGAAACUCGUAAUCUUCAGAGAUUUCAGCUGCGUCACAGUCUCCACGUCUCCAUGUCUGAAACACCUGAAAGUGACCUUUAUUGAUUUUAGCAUGCACAGCAGACAAAGCUGCACAAUCUACUAGAUCAGAGAAAAAGGUACCGCCUUCUCCUAAGGGACCCUUUAUAAGUGAAUGAAUAACUUUAAUAAUUAUUGACAAAUCCUGUACUAAUGUUUAAAUAAUGAAAAAAACAGACUUUUGGACAGAAAUGAUUCCCUUCAGCAGCUCUGAUCAAAUAGAUGUGAUGACCAAAACAUUUGAUUAAUAUCUUCACCGUGAAAACCCUGCAAAGUUAUAGCUGAUUUCAGAUUGAUAAGCUAUCAUGCAAUUUUUAAUUAAUCAUGAUUAAAACCAUUAGUUACAGUUAGGGGGUAGUGCCAAGAAAGUCUCGCUGCUUCUUCCAUCUCUGUCUGUGACACUGGUCAGCACGGAGCAGGAGGCAGCAGAGAGACACCCAAACAGCUAUCUUUGAGUUUAUUUAAUAACUCAAUAAACAUGAAAUAUACAAAUUUAUGUUAUUAGAAAUGCUUUUUCUUUCCAGUGACAGAUCCACAAUAAUUACAUUAAUUCCACUGAAAUCUUUAACAUUUAUUUUUCUUUCUUUUACUUUUCUUUGUAUAUUUUUUCAUUAGUGUCAUAGGCUGCAUCUUUCUUCUAAGAAAAAAAAGAACAGAAAUCAAUAUUAAAGAAAUCCACAGGCAAAGCCCAUUUGUGGAAAUACAGAUAAAUGUAGGUAAAGUGCAAAUGAAAAAUAAUGUUAAAAAGGGAAAUGAUGCAAGAUAAUCCUCUGUUUUCCUGCAAAAUAUGGAAUGCACUGCACAACCAGCACAUUCUGGGGCUUCAGCUACCAAGUACCCUUAAUUAGAACCAUGUUUUUACUAACCAGAAUCUGCUUGUUUUUUGAUUACGUCUCCUUGCAACUGGCUCCAUGGUCUCUGGUACCCAGUGCCUUUUGUAAGUCACGUUAUUGUACUUUUUAAAAGCAGCUGUGUGACUAAUAUGCCAAAAUACUGGUGACUUAUUUCUACCUGUUUUUUUUUAAAGGUGAUCCCUGUCUCGUUGAGCUCAGUUGUUUUGUAAAAAAGGAACAAGAUGAAAUCUGGGAUUUAAAGUAGGACGCAACCCAAAAUUCAUCUUUUGAGAAUGAAACCAGAAUAGAAGCGAAGAUCUUCUCCAGCAGAAUAAAUCAUAACAGAUGACAUUUCUUAUUUUCUUAUCGACUUAAGCAGAGAUAUGAAUUAAAAAAAAAAAAGAUCUUCAUUCAGUUGAGACUGUUCUGCCAUGAAGCUGUAAAAAUUCACUGUCAUGAAAUGAGACAAGGGAAAGUAAUAUGAACUGCUGAACUUCUUGAUAUUUUGGGGGCGUAACAUUAAUACUCAGCGACUGAAAAUGAAAUUCCUGGUAGCGCCUGUUAUGACUGUUUUCAUUUUCCUGAAAGGGUCCAAAUGCUUUCUACUGCGUCAGACACGACUACGCCAGCCUGUCAGUCCCUUUCAGUCCUCUGGCAUAAAUCACACAGGAGACUGCAGCUGAACACAGAUCAGUUCAAACUGGAAUAAAACUCUUUAUGUGUAAAUAUCCCUGAAUACUUUAAAGGCCAAAUUUACUGUAUGUUUAUACUGUACCUCUACAUAUUUUCUAUUUUACUAUAAAAGGUGAUUUUCUAGUCAUUUACACAAAUAUAUAACUGUGUGGAUCCUAUUUGAUAAUUUUAGCCUGGAAAUAUUGAUCAUGUUUAUAGUUUUAAUGAAAUGGUAUCUCUUUUUAUCUCUAUUACAGUAGCAGCUUAAUGUCUAUACCUUUGUCUCCAGCUAUGAACUGGUGCUGUAUGUAUAAUGCAACAAGAUUAUUAAAGAUUUGUUCAA